AUGGUCUACACAAUCGUCGUUCAUCUCCUCGCCAAGGAAGACCAGGAGAGCAUUAAUAAGCUGAGCGCAAAGCUUGUCGAGGCCAGUCAGGUGUACAGCAAGGACAAGGAGACGUUGAGCUGGUUUGUUAUGCAGGAUACUGCCGAUAAGAGGAAGUUUACUAUUGUCGAGCGGUACUUGAAGGAAUCUUCUCAGCAAUACCACCUGAACAACCCUUACUGGAAGACCUUCGACCCUUACGUCAUCCCGUUGCUGGCUGCACCCAUGGAUCUGAGGCGUCUCGAGGAGCUGGAUACGACUCUCACAAGCGCGGGUGCGCAUUACCACGAGGAUGCUGUAAGGGUGGAAACUAGCGUUGGGGAUAUGUACCAGGGAACUGAUGCUUAG